GAAAAAGGUACAUCCUUGCCGGCUCAUCGUUCCAACAAGUACCCUUCCAGAGGUCUCCUGCGGCACAUUCUCCAGCAAACGUACAAUGCCGCCGUGACGGACCCAGAAAAGUUGAACCAGUAUGAGCCUUUCUCUCCAGAGGUUUACGGCGAAACUUCCUAUGAUCUCGUAUGUCAGAUGAUCGACCAGAUCGAAAUAUCGGCUGAUGACGUGUUCAUCGAUCUCGGUUCAGGAGUUGGUCAGGUCGUCUUGCAGAUGGCAGCCGCUACGCCGUGCAAGAUUUGCUUGGGGAUAGAAAGGGCAGAAGUGCCCAGUCGAUACGCUGAAAGCAUGAACAGGAAUUUCCGGACGUGGAUGCAGUGGUACGGCAAAAAAUACGGCGACUACAAACUCCUGAGGGGAGACUUUCUGACCGAAGAGCAUAGGGAGAAGAUCAACCAAGCGACCAUUGUUUUUGUCAAUAACUUCGCCUUCGGGCCCUCUGUCGACCACCAGCUGAAGGAACGAUUCGCGGACCUGAAGGAUGGCGCGAGAAUCGUCUCUUCGAAGAGUUUCUGUCCGCUGAAUUUCCGCAUCACGGACAGAAAUCUGAGCGACAUAGGGACCAUAAUGCACGUUUCAGAAAUGUCACCACUGAGGGGAUCCGUUUCUUGGACGGGGAAGCCCGUCUCCUACUACUUGCACAUCAUCGAUCGGACGAAGCUGGAACGGUAUUUCCAAAGAUUGAAGAAGCCCCAGCUGAAGAACGGUGACGACGAAAGCACGACGAGUAGUAGCCGAGGGGCUCGCGACAGGGCCAAAAGAGAUCUGUCGAAGCAGCUGGCGAUGGAUUCUUCUUCGGAUUCUGACUUCGAGGACCAGGACAGUAGUUACGGACCUACCACGAGAAAGGCUUGGUCUGAUUACUGUUCUAUCAAAGGCAAAAGUAGUCAGUCUGAAGAAGAAGCACCGUCGAAGAACAAACGCCAGCCGAAGAAGUUGAGGCGCAAAGUAAGUCGGGGUGCCAAGGCUCAAGGGCAGCAAGACAAGCAGCCUGCACAAAAACCUGCUGCGAAACCAAGGAGAGGUCGUGUAAAGAAGGCUAAGCCCAAGAAACAGAUCAAGAUUAACGGUUUAGACCUAUUACAUAACGAAACAUUGCUCAGCACCUCACCUCAAGCACCUGGAAAGAAACCUCCUCCAGCUCCUGGAUGCGUCGACCAGAAACUAACCUCGCUCAGCUCAGAGGUGAUCACCCAUGACGAACUUGAUAUACCGGAACAACCUGCCGAAACGCCGUAUGGGUUGCAGGUUCUUCUGGACAUGUUCAAAGGCAACUACAUGCAGAUGCUGAGUCAAAUGAAGACUCCAUCAUACAAAGUAUUGGUGGAGUCGCAAUUAGACGAGGAGCGGGAAAGGAAUAAGAAAUUGAAAAGUCGUGCCGCACAGUUGGAAAAACAAAUCAAGGUGCUCAUAGACGACAGUGUGGCACUACUCAAAGCAAGAAUGAGCGAACUGGGAAUCAACGCUACUUCUCCUGUGGACCUGCUGGCCAAAGCUAAAGAGAUCGUUUGUCGGCACAAAGAGUUGCAAGCGAAAGCUAGCAAACUGCAGGUACAAGUUGCUAAUUUGGAAGCGGUGAAAAAUAAUUUGGUGCUGCAACGACAGGCCGAGGUUUGUGAGAAGUACGUCGAAGUCAGUUCGACGCACGAGUUGUCUCCCAGCGUUGCACAGGAGUACAUACUGCGAGAAAUAUCAUCGACCCUGUCGCACCGGAAAAAGUUGCGAAAUGAAGUAUCGAAACUGGAAAGCGAUCUUGUGAAUUUGCAGAAAACCGGAGAAGAAAGAAAGCAGGCUCAAGCAUUGGCCGCUAGGCAGCAGCAGCAGCCUGCGAAGCCUUCCAGGAAGUCUAGAGAAUACAGGGCUCGAUCUCAGGAUUGGCCUGACGUUCCGGACAUAGCCAAGAUCGAAGAACAGAACCCGGAGAUUUUGGCUCAGAAAAUCCUGGAAACCGGAAGGAAAAUCGAGGCUAGCAAGAUGUCGGCUAUCAACAACAAAGUGCCUCAACUGCUCAACAACUCCAAAUCAAUACAGACUAAUCAAAAAUCUUUAGUACGUAAUAACAUGCCCGCUCCUCUUCCAAUGACGAAAAGACAGAAGACUAACCAUACCUACUCAGCUGCGAAUAUACCCAGUGUACCAAAUAAUACUAACGUGAUUUCCAAGAGCCAAGAACCGCCGCGAAUAGCGAACUUCGAGGAUCGAUUGAAGAGCAUCAUCACGUCGGUUCUGAAUGAGGAUGCUCAAAACCGGACGAAAUUGACUCAGACUGCGACGGUUUUGCAAUACAAUCAAACCAGUAAUAAUAACGUCCACAAUACAAGUUACGGAUCUCAGAAUUACUCUUAUCAGAACAGUUUCAUUCCACCAAAGCAGGAAGAAAAGCAACAGCGAAAAUAUCCGGUGCAACAGAACAAGUUUUCGCCGCGUUGCGAAACCGUUGUGCGGCAAAACGAAGAGUUGCCACAUUACCCGCAUCAAGAAGGUUUGGCGAGUAUGAUGGAGUGCUACAGAGAGGAGAUUCCAAAGGUAUCACCGCAAGUACAAUUGGCCAGGCAGCUGAAUCCAGAGCAGCCGGAUUAUACGCAAGUGUCGCCUGCUAAGCUGGCUUUAAGGCGACACUUGUCACAGGAGAAAUUGGCCCAUCAGCAGUUGCCAUACAAUCCUGCAGACGGAAUGGUUGGGGCCAGGACAAUUGGUGAUCUUAUGUCAGGUGAAAUUGAAAGGACACUUGAAAUUUCCAAUCAGUCAAUAAUCAAUGCAGCCGUAGACAUGAGUGAUAUUCAAGGUACUGCCACGUUGACAUCCAGGUCGGUUGUUAACGCUAACUUACCACCCCGUCCAGAGCGAGUUAAUGUCAAAGUGCCUAACCCCGACACACCUCAAACACCCAAAGAUGUAGAACCAAUGCGUCAGCAAGUAUACAGUCCAAUUUCAAGACCAUCAUCCACAGAAGGCUUAGAGGGAUUAGCGUACAUGCAUUCCCAUGUUAAGUACAUACCUCCUCCUCAUCCGAGUCCCAGGCAGCAGUAUUCUCCCAGAACGACUACCGUUUUGUACCCAACUCAAUCCCGAGCCAACUCUGUCAACUCCAACUACUCUUCCAACGAGCUGUACACGCCCCUUCCGAGAGCUGACAUCAAACCUUAUCACGAGUCUUACUUCAGCGACGUAAAACCCCCAUCUCAAGUUGAACCUCCUGAACAACGAGGCAACUUUGUCGCCGAGGGCUUGGCUGCUAGCUUACAAACUAGGGUGCUGGCUCCUCCUAUCAAAGAGGAAGUUGAAAUCUAUGAAAGGAGGCAUUCGUACAUCCAGCAGUCAAUGUUGCCAAAUAUAUCUUCGUAUCAGGAGUCGGGAAACGUGGUAAAAGCCGAAGGAAGCGAAGGGAUGUACAAGAGAGAAUCCCCCAUUAUCCAUGGACCAAUCAGACAGAGCGUCAAGCGACAAACAAGCUAUAUCGAAGGUCAGCGGGGUAAUUUUAUGACUAACAUUUCUCCUGAACCGCAUUUGAAUAUGUCUACUCCGCUGGUAGAUGAAGUUCAAGAGCAGCAGCGAGCGAGGAAGUGCAAUGAAGAAGAUGUUGACGUCGUGGAAGAUGAUGUGGAAGAGUCCAAAUGGCAAGACAGGAUAUCCUCCGGCUUCGAUCGCCUCGUAGCUUUUGCAUCGACUGAACUAGACAAAAGGCGACGGUCAACGGAAGGAAGUGACAGCUGUAAUACGUCACCCGAUUCCGGCAUUGGCCACGGUCAUGGGGACUUGCCCCCUUCUUCCAUUGUUCCAUUGAAUAAACAAGCCCUUAAAUUGAAUCCUAACUCGAAGCCUACCUUGUUCAAAAUGCCGACCAGCAAAUCUUAUCUAGAUUCGCCUCCUAUUUUGGAUCAGGGGACCGACGAAUCCGGUCCCCCCCGAACGCCUUCACCCUCAUCCCCCCUUCCUUCUAAUAAUAGCCUCUCUAUAAACUUCAGUCCCGAGCCCAUACCUGAAAAAAGUCCCACCAGACUGAAUCCCGCCCUUUUGAAAUAUCAGCGUUAUCCGGAAGAAAAGAAAAAGCCGGAUACGCACUUCAAAAAGAAGUUUUAUUAUAGGGAGCACUGGAGGGAUGACAGCUGGUCGAAGAAUGAGGAAAGGCACGAACCAAUGAAAGAUAAGUUCAGACCGAAAGGUAAAGAUUGGGACUGGAAUAAUAAGGAGCAUCACAAUGAUCUUCAUCAUUUGGUUGGUGAUGAAUGGGGCAGGUCCCACGAUCACUAUAACUGGAAAAAUUGACACUAUUUGAACUAUUACUAUGGCAGUUUAUAUGAAGAUUUCACAAAGCAAAUGUACAGUAUGUCGUAUCCUUAUUUCUUUUAACGUUGUAUUCAUGUUGGUUUUUCACAUGAACAGACCAUGUCAUGAUAUGUUAUUUAUUAAUUACUCUGGAAAUUGCAUGCUGGCCAUGAUGGAUUGAAACACAUAACCAGCUUUUUGGUUAACUUUUUUCAGUCCGCAAUUAGUCAAUUUUUAUCCUAGAAUCAUUAACCAAUUAAUUAUUUCACAAUUCUUAUUCAAGAGAUGAGCCACUUCUUCAAGCUAAAAAUAUUGACACUCAAUACAUUUUCAUUUUCCAAAUGUUUUUAUCACUCUUAUGAAUUUGUUUUCUAUC